UUUUGUAGUAACGGGCCAAUAAGGGGCCAGCACGAUGACGCGCUUGCGCGCCUCGUUCAACAGGGCUGAAGGUCCAUCUCACAGUUUAAAAAGUGCCGCAGUACGCUCCUCCUCUGCCCUGGUCUCGAUCUGGAUCGCUGUUGCUGUUGUCAAGUCUUUUCCUCUCUUGGUGGCUCCAAUCCUUUCUUACUGCUCAGUUUUUUUCCGAGUUCCCCUCGCCUGGCUGUGGUCCACCACAUCACGCGACCCAUACCUUAACCCACCAGCAAUAAUGCACAUACGCUCCUUUACGACCCUCAACCACCAAAUUCACCAACCAAACUAUUGUCUUCAUCAUGCCGAUGAUGCUCACCCUAGAAUACAUGCCCGCCACCCUGGACAAAAAACAAACGCUUCCCGGCUCCUUUUACGGUCACCCAAUACGGACAGCUAGUAAAUGUGGCCAUACAAUUCACCCUUCGAAUUCGACACAUGUGCCCUGGUGCCCUCGAUGCGCUCUCUCCCGGGCCCGUGCAAGGUCUGACGCUGCGUUGAAGAAGCUGGCCAGCCAAGGAGGCUUGAAACCCCCAGAGCCCAUGCGCAACCAGCGGUGGAACAAGGCCAGAAAGGGGUAUUUCAUUGCAAAGCAGCGCUUUGAGAAAACGAGGAGGGUCGAUCAACUCCGCUGGGAGCGGGAACAAUUGUGGGACGACGCACACAGACGAUCAGACCCACGGUCAGCCCAGGCAGCAGUCCUAUCCCAGAGCCCCUCGCUCUGCACCAUCUGUGACUCCAUGUCAGCCUCGUAUCCAGCCAGUGUGCCCGAGGCGCAGGCUGCAGCGUACAAUGUGGCUUGGUGGGAGAAGGCAGUCGCUGCCCCUAUCACGCCACGGCCCCUCGAGUCUAGCACACCGCCACAGCCUCCGCCUCGGCCAGCAGCAUGUACCACGCAGCACUGGCGGCCGCCAGCAGAACCACAACAAGGCAACCCCGAAUUGCUCCAAAUUAUCAACCACCACCGCCACCAAAUGCUGCAGCAAAACGCCCUUCGCGAGGCCUGGAACGCCCGAAACAAGACAGAAGCAGCGGUGCGCCGCAAGCAUGGCUUGGGCCCCGAUUUUGAGAUUGCCGCCGCCUUCUGGGACUGGCCCAUACCCGGCUUCUUCAGUUGGCGCAACUACCGCAGCAUACAGGAACAGGGCCGCAUGGCGGAGCGCCGAGCUCGCGGAAACACGACGCGGCCUCGUCCUCCGCGUAGCUCUCUAUCCUACUCGGAGUCGUCGGAGCAAGUGCAGGUCGAGCCGGAAUUCAUCGAGACGCUGAAACAGCGUGAGGAGCGCGAAGAACUGGAGCGCCAGACGGCAAAAGUCGCGGGGCAAGUCGGCUACUUGUACUUUGUUGGCGGUGGUAGUAGUGUCAAUGGUUUGGGAAUAUGGCACGAUGACGUCGAGCGCAGCGACAAGAACCUCGUUGUGCGCAUGCGGCGGUCCCCUUCUGAUACGUCGGGUAGUGAAGAUUCGCAGGACACAGAUGACGACGAUGAUGACCCGGAUUGGAUGGAUAUUGAUGUCCCAUAGUUAAACUACCUCUUUUUUCUUACAUUAGAAAAGUCCUUGGGUAUCAAAGAAAGAUAAGAAGAAGAAGAAGAAGAAGAAGAAGAAGAAGAAAUAGCAGAUAGGCUGUUCCACCACCCCAAGGGUCAACCAGUUUCCAACUGGACACAAAGAGAAAACAUUGCAAAUUUUUCGUGUUAAUGAUAAAGUGAUGUCUCCCGCUCC